AUGCAUGAUAUGAGAUACCAAAAUGUUACAUUCGCAGGAACCACGUUGGAGCUCAUUAAAGCAUUGUAUGAACCACACCAAUGGCCAGGCUUACGUGGUCAUGUGGCCGGCUUAUUGACUUUCACCACAGACAAGAUUGGAUGGGACAUUAGUUAUGAGGAACCGAGCUCUAACAUUGGAGCCACAGAGAUUGCUAAGAGUGUCAUCUUGGGUGAUAGACUGCAGUCUUACGUGGCUCAUGGUGCACCAGAUUGGCUUCGAAGUUUUUUUGAGAGCGAGAAAACCUGA